CGCUUUGUGGCUUUCGGAUGUCAGUACGUGACACGACUUUGCUGCUCGUACCUACCAUUAUUCUGACAUACUACCAGCAUCUUGUGUCCUUUUAACAAUCCAUGCACGUCAGAAUCACGCGACCGCCCUUUGUCAUGACCUUUCUCAGUCUGGUGACUGCACAAUGGCUAAUGUUCUCCUGGCUGUUUUCUAUAUGGCUUCUAUCUUUGGUUUGGUUGGUCUCGUAUUAGCAUCCCGGGAUAAACACCCCGGUAUCACUAAGGUCUCGCCUCGGUAUCCGAUCACUAAAGCAGCAAGUUCACAUUUCACUGCCUUCCAACACCCGCUGGACCCGGAGUUGGAGAAUGCGUACCCUAAGUCCUCCAGCAAGAAGGCAGAACACAUGAAGGAGGGACACACCCACGAAAGGUGGACCGAGAUUCCUCUGUAGACAGACAUGUUGGUUUUGUACUUGUAUUGCCAAUGUUGGGGACAGCUUUGUAUGAGUAUGGAAUUUUACAUAUAUGUAUAUGUCGCACUGGCUAAUAAAAACAGCGUAUUCACAA